AUGUCUAUGAAACAGACUUCAAUUUUUCUGUUGAUACAACUCAUAUGCUCCAUUAGACCUGGCACCUGUGGGAAAGUGCUGGUGUGGCCCACAGAAUACAGCCAUUGGAUGAAUAUAAAAGUAAUUCUGGAUGAGCUUGUCCAGAGGGGUCAUGAAGUCACUGUUCUCGUAUCUUCUGCUUCCAUCCUCAUUGAGCCUAGCAAUGAAUCUUCUAUUAAUUUUGAAAUGUAUUCUGUACCUUUGAGUAAAGAUGAUCUUGAAUAUACUUUUGAAAAAUGGGUAGAAAAAAUGAAAGACAAUUUAAAAAAUCAUUCAUUUUGGACAUUUUAUUCAAAUCUGCAAAAAAUCUUUGGUGAAUAUUCAGACAUCAUUGAAAGUUUCUGCAAAGCAGUAGUUUGGAACAAGAAUCUUAUGAAAAAACUCCAAGGAUCUAAGUUUGAUGUCGUUCUCUCAGAUGCCGUGGGUCCCUGUGGUGAACUGCUGGCAGAACUGCUUAAGACACCUUUAGUCUACAGUCUCCGCUUCUGUCCUGGAUACAGAUAUGAAAAGUACAGCGGGGGACUUCCACUCCCUCCUUCCUAUGUGCCUGUGGUUCUGUCAGAAUUAAGUGACCACAUGACAUUUGUGGAAAGGGUGAAGAAUAUGUUGCAGAUGCUGUAUUUUGACUUUUGGUUUGAAACAUUUAACGAGAAGUCCUGGAGUCAGUUUUACAGUGAUGUUCUAGGGAGACCCACAACAUUAACUGAGAUGAUGGGAAAGGCAGACAUAUGGCUCAUUCGAACCUUCUGGGACUUGGAAUUUCCUCGCCCUUUCUUGCCUAAUUUUGACUUUGUUGGAGGACUCCAUUGCAAACCAGCCAAACCACUGCCUAAGGAAAUGGAAGAAUUUGUUCAGAGCUCUGGAGAACAUGGUGUGGUAGUGUUUUCUCUGGGAUCAAUAAUUAAAAACCUGACAGAAGAAAAGGCCAAAGCAGUUGCUUCUGCUCUUGCCCAGAUUCCACAGAAGGUUCUGUGGAGAUUUGAUGGUAAGAAACCAGACACUUUAGGAUCCAACACUCGGCUGUACAAGUGGAUCCCCCAGAAUGACCUUCUGGGCCAUCCAAAAACCAAAGCUUUUAUAGCUCAUGGUGGAACCAAUGGCAUCUAUGAGGCGAUCUAUCAUGGCAUUCCUAUUGUUGGUAUUCCCUUGUUUGUGGAUCAACCUGAUAAUAUUAAUCACAUGGUAGCCAAGGGAGCAGCUGUUAGAGUGGACUUCAACACACUGUCAACUACAGACCUUCUCACUGCCUUGAAGACUGUCAUUAAUGACCCUUCCUAUAAAGAGAAUGCCAUGAGAUUAUCCAGAAUCCACCAUGAUCAGCCAAUGAAGCCCCUGGACCGAGCUGUCUUCUGGAUCGAGUAUGUCAUGCGCAACAAAGGAGCCAAGCACCUUAGGCCAGCUCUGCACGACCUUAGCUGGUUCCAGUACCACUCUCUAGAUGUGAUUGGAUUCCUAUUGGUCUGUGUGGUAGCUGUGGUAUUCAUCAUCACAAAAUGUUGCCUCUUUUGUUGCCAUAAGACUGCUAACAUGGGAAAGAAGAAAAAAGAGUAGCUUCAUGAAGGCUGAAGCAGAGUCCUGAGAAAUGAGCUUCUGCCAGCUGCUUCCAGCAGGAACCUGUUGUCAGUCCUGGUGCCUUCCCUCUGAAACAAGACCAAGACAGUGUCAGGACAUCAUUGAAGAGGGCUCUCAUGGAUUCACUAUAUUUUGAAGGCAUGCAAAGAUUCAUGCUAGAUAUACACUCAGAGCUAUAAAAACAACAUCCUGUCUUCAGUUUAGAAUGUUUUGACGUAAAUGAGGACCUAUACCCAACAACAAUCACUGAGGUUUCUGUGGUUCACAAACUUUGGAUCGACAUUAAAGCCUUUGAAAAAACCUCU